AUGGCUCCCUUUCCUCGCCCCUUGCUAGGUUUUAUCCCCCUAGCCAAUCCCCUCCUCUUCCUCCUACUUGGCUCCGUGCAAGGGGCACCUCUCGAGGCGCAUAUCUCCCCGCAAACCUGGAAUGCAACAGGACCCAGUAACUCGAGCCAUCUCGUGUCCCCACCGCCCAGACCCUGGGGACCCGCGCCGUUCUUCUGGAACGCUGCUCCUCCGCGCCCGUAUCAUGCCUAUGGAUACGGUGGGUUUUACUAUCCCGACAAGCAUGAAGACGAUGGGAGAGGUUUGGUGAACGCCAACGUCGUCGAUCAGGGCCCUGAGGCUGAGCCCGAGGCCGAGGUUCAGGAUGUCGACGACGUAGAGAUCUUGGAUGAGGAUGACGGGGAGGACGAAGUGGAUAUGAACUCAGGUGCAGAAGAGUCUGAUGAGAGAGAUGAAGACUCGACUCCGGGCCUGGAUGCGUCUUCUUUCUGGAACCCGUUUGCUGGUCCUCGGCGCGGUGAUGACCGGAAGCAGGGAGACUGGGACUGGAAGCACCAGGCUCAUGGACACGGGAGGUCAUGGGGAGAGGCAGAGAGAUGA